ACUGUAUCUACUGUUUUUCGGCUAACUCUGUGAUCCUCUGAGAAAUCUAAUCCCGUCCAAAUGCGAAUGUAUAUGAUUGCAGAUUAAUAUUGUUUCACAACUCUUUUCCUUGUGUGUUAUGGCCAACGUCAACUACCUUAGAAGCUCUUACGUGUGCGGUUUCUGCUUGCUGCGUGCAAUUCAGUAUGGAUGUAUAUGUUUUGCUACCCGGUGAAGAACUAAAAAAAAAAAUCAACAAGAAAAGCCAAACCACAUAAAUUGUUACGGCUGGCCAGUGUAAUAUCGGUGUCAGGUGAUUACUCACCUUCAUUUCUGCACUUAAUUAAAUAAUGUUUUAACGAUAUAAGUAAUCACGUCUUUAUUUCAGUGGGUUUAUUAGAAGCAGCCAUUUCUAUAAAAUCAUGUGACUUUUUUUUAAUGUCUCAUUUUAAUAAAUGAAAAUUAAAAAUCAAUUAAGUAAACUUAAGAAAUGUUACUUUUUAAAUGUAAAAGUACUUAUGCAUGCAUCCAGAACAUGUGAUCUCCUGCAUGCAGCAAGAUCUUACUCAAAUCAAAGGCAUUUCAUAACGUGUUAUUUAGCCCAUGUCAUGCAGGCCUGAUUAUCACCUCAAGUAUGCAUUAUUUCUGUCUGUACAGAGGGUUGAGCCUGUGUGUGGCAUUUAAGAAAGGAGAUUUAAAGAGGGCAUGACUUCAGCAGCUUAUAAAAACAUGGGAAAAUAUGGGUGCAGCUUCACUAAAAUAGAACAUCAUAACACUGUUUGAAUAAGGCAUUUGUUCUUGUCCAGGCCAUGCGACUUGCCUUAGGCAGCAAUGCACCAUCCUCAACAGUGCAGACUGAAGAUUGGAUGAUGUCCUCAGCCCAUGGCUAGUUCUUUGAAAUGUUUAUUUAACAAAUUUUAUUCUCACCCGGAGGGAGAAAUAUCUCAGCUGAUAAUUACCUAAGAGUUCCUUUUUUUUUUUUUCCUUUCCCUUUCAUGUGGCAGAUAUUUAUAUAAUGGUGCUAGGAAGUGUUUUUGGAAAUGUGUCAUAUUGGACAGUCUUAAGAUUUUUUUUUAAAAUUCCCAUUAGAAUAUAACACAGAUGAAUGUAACAAUGCUUUAUGCGUCAUCUCUUUCAUGUGUUUUUAUUUUUAUUUUUUCAGGAGCUGGCCAUGCCUGCGAGUGUCCGUGCCGGGAGUCUGAAAGACCCUGAUGUAGCAGAUCUCUUCUACAAAGAUGACCCCGAGAAACUCUUCACUGACCUUCGUGAGAUCGGCCACGGAAGCUUCGGAGCCGUGUACUUUGCACGAGAUGUUCGCUCCAACGAGGUGGUUGCAAUCAAAAAAAUGUCUUACAGUGGCAAGCAGUCCAACGAGAAAUGGCAGGACAUCAUUAAAGAGGUGAAGUUCCUUCAGAAGCUUCGGCACCCCAAUACUAUUGAGUACAAAGGCUGCUACCUGAGGGAGCACACAGCAUGGCUGGUGAUGGAGUAUUGCUUGGGUUCUGCCUCUGAUCUUUUAGAGGUCCAUAGGAAGCCCCUACAGGAAGUGGAAAUUGCUGCUAUUACCCAUGGUGCACUGCAGGGUCUGGCCUACCUUCACUCCCAUAAUAUGAUCCACAGGGAUGUGAAAGCAGGCAAUAUUUUGCUUACUGAGCCUGGUCAGGUGAAGCUUGGAGAUUUUGGCUCUGCUUCAAUUGUGGCUCCAGCCAACUCUUUUGUGGGGACGCCCUACUGGAUGGCCCCGGAAGUGAUUCUAGCGAUGGAUGAGGGUCAAUAUGAUGGCAAGGUUGAUGUCUGGUCUCUGGGAAUCACCUGUAUAGAGCUGGCGGAGCGGAAGCCUCCCCUGUUUAAUAUGAAUGCUAUGAGUGCCUUAUAUCACAUUGCUCAGAACGAGAGCCCCGUCCUGGCGUCAAAUCACUGGUCCGAUUAUUUCCGUAACUUUGUAGACUCUUGUCUACAGAAGAUUCCUCAGGACAGGCCUACCUCUGAUGUGCUGCUGAAUCAUCGGUUCCUGUGCAGAGAACGUCCCCUGUCUGUGGUGAUGGACCUGAUCGCACGGACAAAAGAUGCCGUUCGGGAACUGGACAACCUGCAGUACAGAAAGAUGAAGAAGAUCCUCUUCCAAGAGACGCACAAUGGACCUGCGCAGGACGGAGGAGAAGAGGAGGAGGACGUUGAUCAGUACUUGUUGCGGAUGGGCACGGUCAACAGCAUGGAGAGCUCUCAGUCCGUGCCCUCCAUGUCCAUCAGUGCCAGCUCCCAGAGCUCGUCAGUUAACAGCCUGGCUGACGGCUCAGAUGACAGCGCUGAAAUGGCCAUGAUGGGGGAAGGAGAACACACAGUCACUUCCAACAGCUCUAUCAUACACCGGCCCUCUGGUCCUGACAAUAUUUACGAUGACCCAUACCAGCCGGAAAUUGACUCCCAACAGCCGCAGCAACAGCAGGCAACAUCAGGAGCUCGCAGGAGAGCACACUAUCGCAACCGUGACCACUUCGCUACCAUUCGCACAGCUUCACUGGUGACACGGCAGAUCCAGGAGCACGAGCAGGGCUCAGCACUGCGCGAGCAGAUGACUGGUUAUAAGCGCAUGAGGCGACAGCACCAGAAGCAGCUGCUGGCAUUAGAAAACAAACUCAAGACCGAGAUGGAUGAACAUCAGCUAAGGCUGGACAAAGAGCUGGAGAGCCAGAGGAACAGUUUCGGCAGUGAGGCUGACAAGCUAUCCAAGAAGCACCAGGCUAUCCUUGAGAAAGAGACUAAAGCUGCACAGGCUGAAGAAAAGAAGUUCCAGCAGCACAUUUUGGGCCAGCAGAAGAAGGAGCUCACCAACCUGCUGGAGUCGCAGAAACGCCAGUACAGGCAGCGCAAGGAGCAGCUUAAAGAGGAGCUGAAUGAGAACCAGUCCACCCCUAAGCGGGAGAAGCAAGAAUGGCUGGUGAGACAGAAGGAGUGUCUCCAGCAGUUCCAGGCGGAAGAGGAAGCUGGUUUACUACGGCGCCAGAGACAGUAUUAUGAGCUCCAGUGCAGACAGUAUAAGAGGAAGAUGCUCCUAGCACGACACAACUUAGAGCAGGAUCUGCUCCGAGAGGAGCUGAAUAAGCGGCAGACUCAGAAGGAUCUGGAGUGUGCCAUGUUGCUGCGGCAUCACGAGACCACUCAGGAGCUGGAGUUCCGUCAGCUGGGCCUGGUGCAGCACACGCGGGCCGACCUCAUCCGCACACAGCACCAGAGUGAGCUGGCCAAUCAGAUGGACUACAACAAGCGGCGUGAGCAGGAACUCCGGCAGAAACAUAGCAUGGAGGUCCGUCAGCAGCCUAAGAGCCUAAAGACUAAGGAGCUCCAAAUCAAGCGUCAAUUUCAGGACACGUGUAAAAUUCAGACGCGGCAGUACAAGGCCCUGCGGAACCACCUGCUGGAGACCACGCCCAAGUCAGACCACAAGGCCGUGCUGAAAAGGCUGAAGGAGGAGCAAACGCGAAAGUUAGCCAUCCUCGCUGAGCAGUAUGACCACUCCAUCAAUGACAUGCUGUCCACACAGGCUGUGAGUAAGCUAAGGUUGGAUGAGACACAGGAGGCAGAGUACCAGGUGCUACGGAUGCAGCUGCAGCAGGAGCUGGAACUACUGAAUGCGUACCAGAGCAAGAUCAAAAUGCACACAGACACGCAGCACGAGAGGGAAGUCAAAGACCUGGAGCAGAGGGUAUCCAUUCGCAGAGCGCUGCUUGAGCAGAGGAUUGAGGAGGAGAUGCUGUCUCUGCAGAAUGACCGAUCAGAGCGAAUCCGAACGCUGCUAGAACGUCAGGCUCGAGAGAUCGAGGCCUUUGACUCGGAGAGUAUGCGUCUGGGCUUCAGCAACAUGGCACUAACAGGAAUCCCAGCUGAGGCCUACAGCCAGGGCUAUGCUAACCCACCCUCAUCGGGUUCAGGCGGUUGGCCAUCACGCCCUGUACCCCGCUCAGGCAGCCACUGGACUCAUGGCGUCCAAAACUCUGCAGCACCACCAUCCUGGAGGAGUCAGAACAGCACUCCGGCGUUCAGCCGAGGGGAGUCUAUAUCGAUCUCGAGCCGUGAGCGUGAAAGGGAUGGAGAUAGAGAUUUUGACACUCCGGUAUCACGUGGCCUGCCAAGUUCUCUGUCGUCUGCCUCUUCUUCUUCAUCCUCCUCCUCUUCGUCUCAUCAUCGCCUGCAUUACCUGGCUCAGCAGUACCACCAUCAGAGCACGCCGCACCUGUACCGAGAGCGAGAGAGAGAAAGGGAAAGGGAGAGAGAAAGAGAGCGAGAGCGUGAACGUGAAAGAGAGUGGGGGGGAAAUGGAGGAGGAAGCCACCGCUCAACCUCUUAUGCUCAUGGCCACUCGCGCCAUCUCUCCAGCCAUGCAUCCUCACAGUCUCUGGCUCUGCUCCCUCCUCCUCCACCGCCUCCACCAGUCUCGUUUUCACCCUCAUCCCCACCAUCAUCAUCUUCCUCCUCUUCGUCUCAGGGCGGCUACGGGGGGAGGAGUGAAGGUCUGGUAGUCAGGGGCCCCAGUUUAAUGGCCCUGAGGAACAGCCCAGGGCCACUAAGGAGGACGGCAUCAGGAGGGGGGCCUGGUGGAGCAGCCGGGGAUGGAGGGUUGAGCCGCAGCACCUCGGUCACCUCCCACAUCUCCAAUGGUUCCCAUCUCUCCUACUCUUAAAGCGUGUAGGCAUGAAACAUUCAUCUUAAUCAAAAGGAGACAUACUGGAGUCGCAUUUUUAGUAUUUAGAAGGCUGAUUACUACUUUGGGUAGUGUUUAGUGUGGAAUUAGUGAUCUUUAUUCCACUCCUUUAACUGUAAUCAGGUGGCAGUAGCUAGUAGAGACUUUGGCUCUGAGUAGUGUUACGUACAACAAACUGCAGACAUCACCUAUACUCUUUUGGUAGAUUGGUAGAUCUCAGGGUUACCAUGGGAGGGGUUGGGGAUGGGGGAAUGACAGGAGAGAUAAGUGUGGAGAAAUAUGAGAGGAAUGGUAGGUGCUUGAGAAUUGGAAAUAGAAAGUGAGUAAGGGGGCAGUGCCAAUCCUGUAGGGCUGGGUAGUCAUCCAGUGGCUCUGCCGGGGGAUGUUUGUAAUUCUGGAAUCAGAAAUUUCAACACGCUACCUCCGACUUUUGCUCUUUUUGCAAAAGAGCAGUGCUUGAUUUGCUUACUGUGGAGUGCUAGCACACCCUCAUGACUAACACUACACUAGUAACAAACUGUCGAGAUCUAUAGGAUCCAUAGAACGGCAACCGUUACAUUCUACAAAACUGACUUAUCUUCAACACUUGAGCAGAUGGAGUAUUCCCACUAGGCUCCGUCAGCAAUUAAAGCUCCAAUCAGGAAUUGGUACAACACCAGUUUUUGGUACUUCAGCUGUAGACACUACACCACCAAACACUACAAAGCCCGUUCUGGUGCUGUGAUGGUGCUGUUUCAGCAGUUCCUGCUUGGAGACUUUAUGGUCCAGGAAUUUAUAACCGAACUGUUUAAUGUGAGCUUUACUAUUAAAGGAGAGGGCAAUAGUGUCAGAAUUAGCAUGAUGUUAGUUUAAAAACAUUAAACUAACCUGAAACUGGGAGGGUGCUUAAAAAGAAUGCCAUGUAGGUAUGUAUAUAAGAAAAACUAUACUAAAACUAUACUAAAAGCAUACUGGUUAUUAAAAUGCACAUUUGUAUUAGAGACAAGGAGAUAUUACUUUUUCUUAUUUUUUUUUUUUUUAAAUGUCAUACUUCGCACACUGCCAUCCAGAGGCCUGACUAACCUAAAUCGACUCCGCCCACUGCCCUUAUAUGGGCAUGCUGCCAGUUUCAUUAGCUCUGGCUGAGCAAUAAUUGUCAAUGACCAUUUUUUUUGUGUGGUUGUGUUACAUAGUAAUACACACCUGAGGUGUUUGAGUAUAUUGCAAAGAGUCAAUGCAUCCCCUUGUCUCGGUUUACAAAGGCAAAUGUAUAUUUGAUGUACAUGUCCAUAAGAGAGCUGAUUGCAGUUCAGUGCAUCAAACACUAAUGUACAGAGGCCAUUUGUAUACAAACGUACACUCUUCACAUUUAUAUAUGAGUGAGUAUAUAUGUGUAUUAUACCUGUCAAAGGUUUGACAGCAAGGUUUAAGAUUGUUCACUGUUAAACACUUUUGACCUAUAUUGUACUUAUAUAAUGUGUGUGUAUGUGUGUGUGUGUACAUAAAAGCACUAACUCAGAACUCUUGUAUAGGAUAAUCAUAGUUUUGCUAUGGAAACUAGUAAUCAGAAAGGAAGAGCUGGUAAAAAAAAUUACUGUUAUUUCAACUACUGCAGUUGUAAUAUUUGUUCUUCAAAACUAAUUCUUUUGUUGUUGUUUUUUUUUUAUUAUUGCAUUUGGGUUUUUUACUUUAUUUUAAUUAUUAUUAUUUUAAAAUUUUCUUUCUUGCCAAUGUUGACCACUAGUUGGAGAACGCAAGUGAUAUUACUGUGAUGGAGAACUUGAGACAAGUCUCAUUUGUUAGGGAAAGGGUGAAAAGAAAAGAAAAAAAAAAGACUAUCUAUCCCAGCAUUCCUUGUUAUGCCUCAGGGUAGGAGUCUGUUGAGCAGUGCAUUGAAGGGAUUGUAGUAUUUUAGAGCCAGUAUUAAGUGUACAGGACAUUUGAAGAGAAUUUUAGUGUAUAGAAAGUUUCUCGAUAAUUGUAUAUGUUUACACCGCAUCCAGCAUGUUUUGUUACACCAUUUUGCGCUAGGAUGUUUUUCCAUUUCUGGAAAAACUGAGCUGUUUACACUGAUAACCCAAACAUAUUGCGUAUUGUCCCGCAUGAUAGAACUGUUCACAGUAAACUGAAGCAGGCUCCACACUGCCAGCUCUUCACAGGCACCAGUGUUUACUUGAAUGUAAUUUCUUUAUUUCGAGGUGCAAUACCACACUUGCAGUGCGUGCCUGGCCUCUUUCAUUAGUUUUUUUUUUUUUUUUACAUCACUAAUUUCUUUUGCUCUCAUUCUCUCCUGCUUCUCUUUCAUGACUUCUUGGUUUGUUGAGUGUGUGGGUUUUUUUUUUUCCUCUUCACUUCUGUGCUAAAUAUCUGAGUUUGUUUACUGUUGCAAAAAGAAGAGGAGAACACCUUUGAAUCUCUGCGUCUAGCUUUGGCCUGCUUCCCUCCAUUUCGUGUUACAGCAAAACAUGCUGGAUUCAUAAUGGUGUCAAAACUGAAGAUGGUGUUUCCAAGCCUGGGUAAAGCUGAGAGGUGGGACUGGUCAGAAGAAUGUGUGCUAAAAUUGUCCCAAUUUUGCUGUUGUAGAGGAAAUUGGGACAGCUGAUAUCCAAGACCAAUGUAUGUGCUGGGGUGUGGAUACACACACACACGAUGGCUUAUGUCCUCAAGGGACGUUUGUAUGUAGAAGCAUGUUUAGAGAGGGAGAAGUGUUUCUCACAGAAGUGCUAUAAAUAAAGAGGCCAAACUAUGUUCAGGGUUAACAAGAGCAGGAAAUCUCAAGAAAUGGGUUAUAGAACUUGUACAGAAUUCAUUAACAAGUCAUUAAAAAGGUUCAAAUUUUAAA